AUGGCCAUGGAAGGCAAGAAGGGCAUCAGGCCCGCCGGCGGCAAAGACCUGAUGCCGGCCUUCAUCUGCCUCAUCCUGCUGAUGCUCGUCCUCCCCAAGCUCCAGGAGCAGGUCCUGAAGAUCUGGACCAAGGGCGUCUCUCCUGUGAGCGGCUGGCCGCCGCUCGCGCCCAGCGCGGCCAGGAGGACAUCCACCCAGAACAGGGGCGUGGCGGGCAGCCUGGGCGCGCCCCACUCGGCCGGCGGCGGCGCUCCUGCUGCGGCAUGGGCCGCGGCCGCUCCCCACGACGCUGCUGGCCCCGAAGGUGCGCCGCGCACGCCCGAGCUGUCGGCGAGGCAGCUCCGGCGCGGAGGGCGCCGUGGAGGCGCCGCGGAGGCGCCGCCGGAGGGCUCGGAGGCGCUCCCGCCGCGGGGCGCUCUGGCCGCGGCGCCGCCGGCCGGGGAGGUGCGCCGGGCACGCGCGCCGGGCGAGGCGCGCGGAGGCGCGGAGGGCAGUGAGGAGCCGCUCUGCGGUGGCGGCGCGAGGCGGGACCUGUUCCAGAAGAUCAACCUCGCCGUGGAGCGGGAGGGCUUCCUCAUCGUCUUCCUGCUCCGGGUGUCUCCGCUGAUCCCGUUCUCCGUCACGAGCUACGUCCUGGGUGGAGGUGGCCCAGCGUUGGCUCAAGUACCCCCGCGCUCAGACCUCCGAAAGUUGAUGCCCGCGUGCCUCCAUUGAGGCAGAGGAGGGUGGGGAGCGCUCGCUGCUCGGGAAUUGCACUGAUGCGUAUCGGAGCGGGGAUCGCGCGCGAUCCGUCGCUUCCAUCGGGUGGCGCCCAGGAUUCGCCGUGCCGACGUGCGCGUACGUCUACCUGUCGGCCACGGCCCGCGUCGUGGUCACGAGCGGGAGCAGCCUGCCGUGGUACGUGUACGCCGCCUACGCGGUGGUGACGGCCGCGGUUCUGCGGCUUGUGGCGGCGUUGUCCAAGCGGGCAAUCGAUGAGGCGCUGCGCGACGCGGAGGCGGCUCGGGCGCCCGAGCGGGCCGCGCCAGGGGAAGCGCCGCCCGCGUGACGGCGUCCGGCGGAGGGGUGCGCUCCCGCGCUCGCGCGCGAAACGAGCGCUGUGGAGGA